CUUUGUGAGGAAUACUGAUGUGUCGCCUGUUGAUUGAGAGGUGGUGAAUGUAUAUUAGUGACAUCUGCCAUCUUCCAUAUCACUGACAUUAGUGGUUGCGAGCUUACAACACAAAACAUGCGCACCAAUAUGUGGUUCUUCUCGGCUAUUACUUUCGUCGUUCUGUCAUCGGUGACAUGUUUCCCAUUUCCACUUCUCAGCCCGUUCUCCAAUUUCCCAAGUUUCCCCAGUAUUUCUGCUUUUCCUUCCAUUCCCAACCUCUCUCUCCAACCGGUAGCUUUCGCCGCUCUCCCUCUCACUUCUUCGCCAUUGGGCUCGAUCAGCUUUACAACAAAGUGUCAGGUGGUUGAUAAUGUUAAAGAUCUGGAAUUCCCAAAAAUUGAGGGAACUUUGGAAAACGAGCAGAAACGUACUUUCCUCUGCACUGACAAGACAAACAGGAACUUCUACUUUUUGACAACCUCAGGCCAUGCUGUUUCUGGCAGAACCCGUGAGACUAAGAACGCCGGUGAAUACUACUCACUAAACCACAAGAAAUUGGACAUUGAAAAGGACCUGGACAUUGACGAGAACGCCUUGUGGCAGGCGGUUGCCAAGGCAGAAACCACCUAUGACAGUUACAACUCCCUCUACUCCUCUGCCUUCUCACACCCUCUCUACUCAUCUCUUCUUACUGGUGCCAAAGCAAGCUGCAAACCUUUGGAAAAGAACUUCGAGGACUCCUGCUAUCCAUCAGUUGACAUAAACAUUGGCGACGUUGCCAAAUUGGAGAAUGUCUACUCUACUGAAAUUUGCACUGGAGCUGACAACACUCCCUACUAUAAGCUGAAGACUACUGCCAAUGUGGUUUCCAAGUCCGGUGUUAAGUCGUCCAAGUACAUUGUGUAUUCCUACCCCAAGGGAGAUGAUGAUAAGCCUGACUUGACCAGGAAGAUUGGACAAGAGAGUGGAGCCGGAGCUGCUGGUGGUGUGGUUGCAUCCUCCUUCCAGUCAUUGACCUUCUAAUUGAUGAAAAAUUAUUGAAACUGUAGUCAAAUUAUAGCUGAAUGAAAAAUUUUAGAAUUCACAUAUAGUUGAUUCCAUCUUCAUAGAGCAUGUAGCUUCGCAUAGAUUUUUGCUUUGCCAUUUCCAUUAUAGAUUGAAUAAAUGGAUUGCUGAAGCCUGA